AUGGGGCUGGCCAGCAGAAAUGAGGGGACGCUGGGGGUCUUGAGAGGGUCACCGUUCCCCUCUCUGUGGAGGUUAGCGCUGCUCUUUCUCUCCAUCUGGGAGCUGGAUGCACAAACCGCAGUGGAAACUAAACCCCUGUACAUCUGGCAAACAGGUCCAUGGGGUCGUUGUAUGGGCAGUGAAUGUGGUCCUGGUGGCAGCCAGAGCAGGGCGGUAUGGUGUGCUCACUCUGAAGGUUGGACCACUCUACACACCAACUGUGACCAGGCACAACGGCCAGAUAACCAGCAGAGCUGCUUCAGAGUGUGUGAUUGGCACAAAGAUCUGUACGACUGGCAGCUGGGUGCCUGGAACCAAUGCCUCCCGGUGUCGAUGCGCAGCGCCGGGGUGCAGCGCCCCGCUGUGUGCACCCGGGGGGAGGAGGGCAUCCAGACUCGAGAAGUGGGCUGUGUCCAGAAAGCCGACGGGGAGCCUGCAGAAGAUGCAAUCUGUGAAUACUUUGAGCCUAAACCUCGCCUAGAGCAGGCCUGUCUUAUCCCCUGUCCUCGGGACUGUGUGAUUUCUGAGUUUACCGUGUGGACUCCCUGUUCCAAAACCUGUGGGAUGGGCCUCCAGAACCGGAUCCGCUUUGUACUGGCUCCGCCACUGUUUGGCGGGGCGGCCUGCCCAAACCUAACCGAGUUUCAGACAUGCCAGCCAGGGCCAUGUGAGGGAGAGGAAAGCCUCUACAGCCUCAGGGUAGGACCCUGGGGACCAUGUUCUGUACCAAUGCCAAGGCAAGCCAGACAAGCAGACAAACCACCCAGAGAGAGUGAUAAACCAGCCAGGGAAAGUGAUAAACUUUCCAAAGAGGGUGACAAACAGUCCAGAGAUGGUGAAAAACAGUCCAGAGGGAGAGACAAGCAGUCGAGAGAAGGUGUCAAACAGUCUGGUGAGGGCGACAAACAGUCCAAAGGAGGGGACAAACAAACCAGAGAGGAUGACAAACAGCACAAAGAAGGAGACAAAAGGUCCAAAGAGGGUGAAAAACCAUCCAGAGAUGGCGACAAAUCAUCCAGACCCAACAGAAAACUCGGCAGGCCAAACAGAAAACCGGACAGACCAUCCCGACAGGCUGACAGACCCAAACGACAGAAAAAGGCUAAAAACAAGGAGAAAAAAGAGAAAAAGAGAGAGAAGCUCCGGGAAAGGGAGAGGGGUAAGGUGAAGGAUCCAGAGACCAGAGAACUCAUCAAGAAGAAGAGGAACAGGAACCGUCAGAACCGCCCAGGAGGAAAGUUCUGGGACCUGCAGGUCGGCUACCAGACCAGAGAAGUGACCUGUGUCCAUAAGAGUGGGGAUACUGAAGCUCUCAGCCUGUGCUCUCAGGAGUCUCUGCCUGUGACCUACCAGGCCUGCGUCAUGACCAAAGACUGCGAUGUGACUGAAUGGUCUGAAUGGUCAGCUUGUUCCAAGGAGUGCUACGAUCCCAACGGGCCCAAGGGUGAGCGCACACGUACCCGAAAAGUCAGCCAGUUCCCGAUCAAUGGAGGAGCAGAGUGUCCAGAGCUGGAGGAGAAGGAGUCGUGUAGCCCCCAGGGAGACGCGGUGCCACCCUGCAUUGUUUACAGCUGGAAGAGCACAGAGUGGACAGAGUGCAGGGUGGACGUGCUGCUCAGCCAGCAGGACCGUCGUCGUGGAAACCAGACAGGGUUGUGCGGAGGUGGGAUUCAGACUCGGGAGGUUUACUGUGUCCAGACCGUCACGGAUACACCGUCCAACCUCGGAGCGCUCAGGAGCAAAGAAGCAUUGCGACCAGUGGACAGUGAUCUGUGCCUGAGCAUUACCCCAAACACCACCCAGCUCUGCCAUAUAAGCUGUCCUGUUGAGUGUGAGGUGUCUUCGUGGAGUGCCUGGGGACCCUGUACCUAUGAGAACUGCCAGGACCAGACAGCAAAGAAAGGGUUCAAACUGAGGAAGAGGAAGAUCGUCAAUGAGCCGACGGGUGGGACGGGGAACUGCCCCCACCUAGUGGAAGCGAUACCGUGCGAAGACCCCAGCUGCUAUGACUGGCUGGUGGUUAAACUGGAGGAGUGCAUCCCUGAUAAUGAGAAGGAGUGUGGACCAGGAACACAGAACCCUCAAGUGCAGUGUGUCAACAGUGAUGGUGAAUAUGUGGAGAGGCAGCUGUGCCGUGAUGCUAUCCUGCCCAUGCCAGCCAUCUGCGAGGUGCCUUGCCCAAAGGACUGUGCCCUGAGCUCCUGGACCCCCUGGUCUCUCUGCUCCCACACCUGCUCUGGAAAAAACACAGAGGGCAAGCAGACCAGAGCUCGCUCAAUUUUGGCCUACAACGCAGGAGAAGGUGGAAUCCAGUGCCCCAACAUAAGUGCUCUGCAGGAGGUGAGGAACUGCAACGACCAUCCCUGCACUGUGUACCACUGGCAGACCGGCCCAUGGGGGCAGUGCAUAGAGGACUCCUCCAUCCCUGCCACCAACACGUCCGUGGGCCGAACACGUGGUGAUGAUGCCUCCUGCUCAGUGGGGAUGCAAACCCGAAAAGUCAUCUGUGUCCGGGUUAAUGUGGGCCAGGUUCCUCCCAAAAAGUGUCCGGAGAGUCUGCGCCCAGACACAGUCAGGCCCUGCUUACUGCCAUGCAAGAGAGACUGUAUUGUCACUCCAUACAGCGACUGGAGCACCUGCCCAUCAACAUGUCAAACAGGUGGUAACACUAAGAAAAAGCAGUACAGGAAACGUAUUGUUAUCCAGCUACCAGCCAAUGGGGGACAGGACUGCCCUGAGGUCCUGACCCAGGAGAGAGAGUGUGAGGCUCCAUCUGUCUGUCAAGGAUACAGAUGGAAAACCCACAAGUGGCGUCGAUGCCAGCUGGUGCCAUGGUCAGUUCGGCAGGACAGUCCUGGAGCUCAGGAAACCUGUGGGCCAGGCCUGCAGAUUCGGGCUGUUUCGUGCCGGAAGCAGGACGGUGGCCAAGCAGACGUUGAAGCUUGUCUAAAGUUUGCCAGCUCUAUGCCGCCUCUCACCCAGCUCUGCCAGCUGCCCUGCCAAGAAGACUGUCAACUCAGCAGCUGGUCCAGGUUCUCCUCCUGCACAGCUGACUGUGUGGGCGUCAGGACCCGCAAGAGGACACUAGUGGGGAAGAGCAAAAAGCGAGAUCAAUGUAAAAACAAUCAGGUGUACCCCCUGAGCGAGACCCAGUACUGUCCCUGUAACAAGUACAACGCUCAGCCUGUGGGCAACUGGUCAGACUGUAUUCUACCUGAGGGAGGCCGCAUGGAGGGUCAACUGGGAAUGAAGGUCCAAGGUGACAUCAAGGAAUGUGGUCAAGGCCACCGCUACCAGGCCAUGGUGUGCUAUGACCAGGACAACCGCAUAGUGGAGACAUCUCGCUGCAACAGCCACGGGUAUAUCGAGGAAGCUUGCAUCAUUCCCUGUCCGUCUGACUGCAAGCUGAGCGAGUGGUCCAACUGGUCACGCUGCAGCAAAUCCUGCGGCAGCGGAGUCAAAGUUCGCUCCAAGUGGCUCCGAGAAAAACCUUACAACGGAGGGAGACCGUGUCCUAAACUGGAUCAUGUCAACCAGGCUCAGGUAUAUGAGGUGGUGCCUUGUCUCAGUGACUGUGGACAGUAUGUGUGGGUGGCAGAGCCCUGGAGUGUGUGGAAGGUCAGCAGCGUGGAUGUGAAGGAAAACUGCGGUGAGGGCGUUCAGACCAGGAAAGUCCGGUGUAUGCUGAACACUAUAGAUGGGCCCUCUGAGCAGGUGGAGGAUUACCUAUGUGACCCUGAGGAGAUGCCUCUGGGGGCCCGUAACAGCCGGCUGCCAUGCCCCGAAGACUGUGUGUUAUCAGACUGGGGAGCCUGGAGCCCAUGUCCACUGCCAUGCAGUGGGAAUGGUACUCGAGAGAGAAGCGCUUACUCACUCCGGCAGCCAGGAGAGGGGAAGGAGUGUCCUCUGACUACAGAGACGGAGCCCUGCAGACUCAACAGCAACUGCUUCCACUACUCCUACAACAUCACAGAUUGGAGUACCUGUCAGCUGAGUGACAGAGCUGUGUGUGGAAAUGGCAUCAAAACCCGCAUGCUGGAUUGCGUGCGGAGCGACAGCAAAUCUGUGGACCUCAAGUUCUGCAAAGAGCUCGGACUGGAGAGGAAGUGGCAGAUGAAUGCUUCCUGUGUUGUGGAAUGUCCCGUCAACUGUCAGCUGUCUGAAUGGGCAGCGUGGUCGGAGUGCACACACACAUGCGGGCUUCAAGGCAAGCUGUGGAGAAGUCGGACAGUGAUCCAAGCUCCCCAAGGUGAUGGGAGGCCAUGUCCCUUGCAGAUGGACCAGUGGAAACCCUGCCUGGUGAAGCCCUGCUACAGCUGGAGAUACAGUGCCUGGUCUGAGUGCAAGUCUGAGGGGGCGAGGUGUGGAGAGGGUCUGCGCUUCAGGAAUGUGUCGUGCUUCGUGUCGGAUGGAUCGGGUCUGCAGGAAAGCAGCCUGGUGGAUGAUGAGCUGUGUGGAGAUCUGGAACCUUCUGUGGAUGGAGAUACACAUAUCAUACUACAGGAAGCCUGCACUGUACCCUGUCCAGGAGAGUGCUACCUGACAGACUGGACAGUUUGGAGCCCGUGCCAGCUGAGCUGUGUGAGCGGAGAUGACCUGGGUUUCGGCUCGGUCCAGGUCCGAUCGAGAGCCGUGGUAGCGCAGGACCCAGAGAACCUGCUGCAGUGUCCAGAACAGGAGUUGGAGGCCCGGCCAUGUACAGAGGGCCAGUGUUUUGAAUAUAAGUGGAGAACUGGACCAUGGAGAGGCUCAUCUCGCCAAGUCUGGUGUCAGCGCUCAGAUGGACUCAAUGUCACAGGUGGAUGCCCACCGACAGCCAAGCCCAUGGCUGACCGAUCAUGUGACCCGCCCUGCACCAAGCCACGGUCCCUGUGCACAGAGGCGGGUGUGUGUGGCUGUGAGGAGGGCUACACUGAAGUAAUGACGUCUGAUGGCCUGCUGGACCAGUGUACUGUCAUUCCUGUGUUGGAGAUCCCCACCGCCGGAGACAACAAGGCAGAUGUCAAGACUAUCCGAGCUUUCAACCCCACCCAGCCUGCAGCCAACACGCCUGGCAGGGCGGGACGCACCUGGUUCCUCCAGCCAUUCGGUCCAGAUGGGAAGCUGAAGACGUGGGUGUAUGGAGUAGCAGCAGGAGCAUUCGUACUGCUCGUCUUCAUAAUCUCCAUGACUUACUUAGCAUGCAAAAAGCCAAAGAAACCACAGCGACGGCAGAUGAACAACAGACUGAAGCCGCUGACUCUGGCCUACGAUGGAGACGCCGACAUGUAG